ACUUCCUUUUUACUGCCUUAUCUACUGGUGUUUUAAGACAGUAUCUGGUGCACUGGGUCACUUUUUAAUAGGGUGGGGGGCUGCAGGACCAUUUUCACUAGAAACAAUAGAAGGAAACACUUGUUCAACCCAGUUUCCUAUAUCAGACUUUGUGGUUGAAGGGAAGUGUAUGAAAGAGCAGUGAGAGAAGCCGGCUACUCGGCUGUACAAUCCAAAAGCAGCUCCAAGACAGCUUAACAAGAAGCAACGCAGCAGCCUGCUUUAAAUUACAGCAUUAUGGCUCAGCGCUGGUGUGUGGCCUUUACUCUGUCACUACUGUGGAUCACUGCCAGCCCAGAGCUCCUGGACCAUUCCCAGUGCCCCAUCGGUUGCAGCUGCUCUUUCACAGACUGGUUUAUUCGGUGCUCCAAUGCCAGCCUCUCUUCUCUGCCUGCUGGCAUCCCACAAGCCACAGUGGAGCUUGAUCUGCAGUUCAAUCAGUUUGGCAGCCUGCUGGCAGCCUCUUUCCCAGAUUUGCCUGAGCUCACCACGCUUUUCUUUGGGAGCAACCAAGUGCGCCGGAUUGAAGCAGGAACCUUUCUCGGUGUGAAGAAUUUAUACCACCUCCACUUGGACAACAAUCUCCUCGAAGAGAUCCCAGAAGGGGCAUUUGAAAACCUGACCAAUCUAGUCUUUCUGCACCUGGAGCACAAUCGGAUUGCUUACCUUUCACCAGGUGCAUUCUCCUCUUUGAAGCGACUGAGUCUGCUAGACUUGAGUCAUAACCUGUUGACUGAACUUUCAGACCAGGCCCUUGGUGGUCUCCAGCAACUACGCAAACUUCACCUCAGUGCUAACCUUAUUGCCAACAUGUCAGCCAGAGCUCUCCCGGGCAACAUGCGCAUCCUCUACCUCGACUGGAACAGGCUGAAAAGUGUGCCGCUUGCCGUCCGCACCUCUGCCACUCUCUCCAGCCUUUAUCUCAGUGGCAACCCAAUCCAGGAGCUGACAUCUCUCUCCUUUGGGAGGAAGCUCAGCUCUCUGAGGCAGCUGUUCUUAGAAAACCUGUGCCUGGAGAACAUUACCAGCUCAACGUUCAAACGGCUACGCAGACUCGAGGUCUUGAGCCUGAGGAACAAUAGUUUGGAGUCGCUGUCGCCUCUGUCGUCACUGAAGUAUCUCUCGACUUUGUAUCUGACUGGGAACAAGUGGCGCUGUGACUGCAACUUAAUCUGGCUUCGCACCUGGCAGAAGCAAGUGGUAAGAAAAGAUCGCAGCCCAGUGGAAUGCAGUUCCCCGGAAGCCCUUCAGGGACAACAACUGGCAAAUGUAGAGUUACAGAAAUUGACUUGUCCACCUUUUCAAACUGAUUCAGCCACCACCAGCUCCUCUACAAAUGCCAUGCCUGCGAUAGCUACUCUACCCGGUGAACGACUUUUGCUACAAGCUACGACCCUUCCAAUCACUGUUUUCACUACUUUCGUUACCAGUAGGAUGUUCUCUGUCGCAGGAACAACUACACAAAAUAAUCCCACUUCAAGACCAACCACUCAUGAGACCCAUUACAUACUGGAGAAAUAUGACCCUUGCCUCUCUGACCAUAUUAGUAGCAUUCACACAAGAACAAAAGACCACACUGCCCUGGUGGUUACUUGGUCUUUCUCUGGGGAUCAUGACCAGUUUGAAGUGCGCUACACGUCUUCUGUGGAUCAGCACAUACUGAGAGUGAUUGGACCUUUAACUGAGAUUGAACUUCACCAUCUGCAACCAGGGACCGAUUACAGGGUUUGUGUUAUUCCCCAGAACGAGAACCUCCUGGAGUGUGUGGCUCCUACAGCCCAGCAAUGUGCUACAGGGCGCACUGAAGCCCAAGUUCCAGCUCAGCACAACUUAGCUCUGGGAAUUGGCAUCACCGCCGCACUUUUAGCACUGAUGGCCCUGGCUCUCUUUGCCUUCUACAAGUGGCGGAUCCGACCCUUCCAGUUCCAGCGCUACUAUGAUGAAGAUGGGCUGCUUUCCCAACGCCAAGGCACUGCCCAGUCCAAGCUGACCACAGAGCCAGUCUAUGAGAACUUAGAAGAGGACAACCAGCAUGUUUAUAUGACAGCUGCCAGCCAAUGGCCUCAAGAGAAGAUGGACUGCACUCCUGUUGUCCCAUCCAGAUUUUCAUCCACACCAGCCUAUGCAAGCCUCUGAUAUUUAUAGGAUAUUAGUUAUUUGUUAAAAUGACCAGGUGUCGUGAAUGGCAUCCAAACCCUUCACAGCUGUGGAUGAGAACGUUUCUUACAUGACCACAAAGAAAUGCUGAAUCCGAUGGAAGAAAUCUUUUCUAACCUGUCUCCUCCUUUGUGAAGAUUUUUUCAAAGAAACGAAGUCAGCUUUUAUUAACUUUUACAACAAUACCAGGAAAGAAAUAUUAUUUGGGUAUUCAUGUUAGCAUAAACUAGUGGCUUUGUUGGCUUAACCUGAAAGGGGAUUAUGCAAGAGAUUCCUAUUUUUCUGAAGACCAGAGGAGGGGAAGCACACAAAGAUGCCAUCAUAGCUGCUGUCUGACUAUCUGGGAUAUGCUCCACACAACUGCCAUCUUUAGAAAUUUUUCAUAUAUAUUAAUGAAAUAGUAUUUGUGAAGAAACCCCUGCCUAUAGUUCAUGACACAAUUGCUCUUUUGAUAAUCAACAGUGCAUGGAUAGAUGUUAUUCGCUUUAUUUUUUAAUGAUUCAAGCUUGGCUUCAAGGUAAUGUGUUUUAAAAUAAAUAACCUGGACAACAAAAUUCGAACUAAAAAGUAAUUAAAAAUGGCGGUAUUGUUGAAUUUUA